UAUAUCGGGAACGAGGCGGCGGCAACCAAGACGACAACAAACGCAGGAUGGCGGUCGAGCCGUCGACGAAGAAACAAGUUACGAUUACCACGCCUGAUAUAGAGCGAGAAAUCCGAGAUGAGAGUUCCGAUAAGGGAAAACUCAAACGAAUUCGUAAGGAUGAGACAAUUAAGGAGGAUCGAGGGUCUGAGAUCCCAACCACCUCGCAGUCUCAGCGGGUAGACAUCUCACGGAUUCAGAGCGCUUACUCGGACCGAUGUCACUCCCGGUCCAACUUCCCUUUGGUGUUGGAUGAAUACGGAGAGGAGAAAGACCCUAGGGAUAAAGAAAACAAAAAGAAGAAGAGUUCAAAGAAGGCAACAAAAUCAGAAACACAUGAUGAUGAGGUGCAGGAGAAGAGGAGGAAGAAGCAAGAGGAGCUGGAAUCUCGAACCGCCCAUGAGAGGUACAUGCAAGUGAUGGACGAUUUGAACAACAGACCAGUGGGCGAUAGAUUUUAUUCCAAGAAAGUGGCCACCAUUGCCACCUCAGUGGAUAAGUUCCAGGACAGGAACUAUAACUCUCCCCCUAAGUCUCCACGAGUAGAAAUAAUGGAAGUGGCAAAGGCCAACAAGAAGGCUCACAAGAAAAAGGAGAAGUAUGUCCUCACCACAAACAACGAACACAUGAAGAAUAUCACGAAGACAGAAACAGCCAAGAUUAUAGAGAUACAAGACAGACUUAUCAGAGAGGGAAAGUUGAAGAGUCAGGGGGACAUUGAUAAGUUCAGGGAGGAUGCCAAGGACCCCGUCGUCUUGAACUCCUACCUCUCAAAGUCCUCAACAAAGCAAGAUCUCAGUUUUACAAAUAUGAAUGAGGUAAAGCCCGAGAGAUCGAACCCCUACAUGUCCAUGUCAGAGUUACCCCCCAGGUCUCUGAGUUAUAUCUCGGAGCGAUCAUCUCGGCCUGAGACGCGACACGAUUGGGCCAUAACUCAACAGUUCAAACACAAGCAUGAGCAGAACAAAACCAUGACGCCCCACCAGAUCGCCAAACAGGCUGCACACGAUUUGGAGAAGAGGUUUCCUAAGACACAGAUGCCACCAAUGAAGAGCUUCACAAUAGAUCUGGGAGAGAAACCACCAGACCCUGAGGAGUUGCAGAGAGAGAUAGAUUUGAAGGUCCGGAUCAAACAGAGAAAGAAGUUUCUGCGGAAGCUGAACAGAAUGUACCAGUUGUCUAUGGCUCACAAUGCGGCCACCAGCAGAAUACUAGAGAAACAUGGAGAAAUCAACAAAAUACUGGAAGGAAACAGUCUACGAGAUGUGGUAGAUGAGGAGUAUGCCUGUUUGAUGUCUGGGAGUUUCCUCCCGAUGGUCGCUACCCUGCCCGCCCCAGAGGAUGUGUACAUCACAGAGGAGGAUAUCCGAGUCCCUGACCCUGGGGAAAUAUUCGGACCGUUGGUGGAGUCUGUGCCUGUGUCUCGAGCUAGUACUCGAACCAAUCUUAUAUCACAGAAAGGAAGCAGAGAAAAUCUGGCCUCUCAGAAAGGGAGCCGCGAAACUCUGCUCAGUAGAGGGUCCUCCAAAGCGGGCUCCAAAGUAGUCAGGAGACAGACCUUCAGUGUAGGGGACAUUCAGGAGGAUAAAGUCCUUACCUUGCCCCCGGCUCCUUUACCACUCACUAUGGAUGAAAUCCGAACCAAGGCCAAAAUUGUGGAGGCCAAAUGUUUAAGUUCUAACUGGAUAAAUUACAUGAGAGCUGGUAAACCCACAGCAUAAUGAUAGGCUGAAUCUCUACUACUGUAUGAUGAUGUAAAACCUGGAACUUUUCUCUGCUGCACUGGCUAGAUUUAUGUUGUAAGAUCGAAUUAUUUCCAUUUCAUUUCAUACAAAGGGGCAUGUGUUCACAUUCUGAUUGGAAAGUUCUCCUAGUCAGAAAUGUAACUAUUAAAUGAUGUUUUAUAGCCUCAAAGCUGAUUUUAUAAAGAGAAAAUAAGGUGGUGCAUGUUCAUACAUAAAUUUGGCUAGAAUACUUAAAGUUUGUUAUCGAAUUGGUACGUGUACAUGUUGCAAAGAAUGUAAGCAUUCAAACUAGACACGGUUCUAUUUUGUUUUUAUUUGUCACAUUCCAUUGUUGGUCAUUUCAUAUUGUACUAAAUUUUUUUCUAAUAUAAUCAUUCAGAUUUCCUGUGAAGGAAAGAAUGUUGUGUUUGCUGUCUUAUGCAUUUUGUUUUUAAAAUGCCCACACCUUGCUACUUAUCAAGUACAUCAUUUUGGUGAUUAAGUUAUUUCUGUUUUCUUAUUCUGUUUUUUCAUCAAUAUUAGAGGGCUUUCAUUUUUGUGGAUUUUGUAAAAUUUAUUUUCGAGGAUCUAUACAUAUUAGACAGUGGUCCUUACAGCGUUAUCUGCUGUCAGAGAUCUUAUUUCGAUAAGAAUUUGAUUUCGAGGAUACACUCAACAUCAAAAUCCAUGAAAAUUGUUGUUCAACAAAUAUUGAUGAAACCAGAUUACAUGUAUUUGUUUUAAGCUGUUGUUAUUAGUGCAUCAUUUUAUAGUUCUGAUUUGUUGCCUGAGAAACAAAUAACUUGAAGUUAAAUUUGAUGAUAUUUAUUUGAAAAAGAAAAAUCAUGACCAUGAUUUCCAAAAUAAAACAUUUAAAACACUAAA